UGCAUUCCCUGUAGAAUCAUCCCGUAUUAAAAAAGAAACACGUUUGUUGCAUAAUCUUUUUGAACCGCAAGUUGAACUUUUAACUAUAAAAAACUCUAUUUAAUUAACUACCACGUAAUUCACCCGCAUUCCGACCCGCCCGUGACCUCGCAGUAUCAAACUAAUUAAAUAUUUAACUCUCCAGUUAAAUAAAAAAAACUCUCAGUCUGCAAACUAAAUAUAUUGUACACUUUUGAGUCUAAAUUUGGAUUUCGAAACUUGUAACUUUUGAAAUUUUACACGCAUUAAAAACAAAACCGGAGUCAAGAUGAUGAACGAAUUUGAUGGCAAACGUACCGCAAAGAUGCUCAAGAAGACGACCUGCGAGCAUCUCGAGACUCUAAAGAGGGCCGGCGGCGUAAAAAAUUACGCCAAGAUUCACGCCAACCUGGUCACCUGUGUCGUCGAGGGGUCGAGAGAGUUAAAGGCCCGGCUCUCGAGGUGUUUCACGUGUCGAAAAGUCGACGGGUUUCUGCACAGUUGCAUGCACUGCAUUUUCUUCGGUUGUUUGAAGAGGGGUCAUUUACGCAACCAUUACAAAGAGACUGGACACCCGAUCGCUUGUGACCUGACUUAUGGAACUAUAUACUGCUUCAAGUGCACCGACUUUCUCUAUGACCGCGACUUUGAAGCUAUCGCGGUCGCGAACGAACACAAGUCCGACUAUACGUUGUGGAUGCCAUGCUCGUCUCGUUUGGGGGGUUUACCUCUCGCCGAAUUUUUCCUCCGCUGGGGAACCCCCAACCGAUUUUGCGUCGGGCCACGGUCUACGUUCGGCCUUCGUGGUCUUGUCAACCUGGGUCACACCUGUUUCAUGAACUGCAUCAUUCAAACCCUCAUCCACACCCCGUUGCUGAGAGACUUCUUCAUGACGGAGAGGAUUAUUUGUUCGCAAAAACACGAUCAGAAGAUGUUAAAGCCGUGCAUCAUCACGCAACUCUUUGACCUUUUCCAAGAGUUCUACAACGGUUCCAGAAACGCCGUCAGUCUACACAGUUUGCUCCACAAGAUUUGGGGGAACGCUGCCCAUCUAGCCGGAUACGAGCAACAGGACGCACACGAGUUCUUCAUCGCAAUGCUGGAAGCGCUUCACCUCCAUUUCGCCGUCCCUAAUUCCACCCACGCGUGCAAGUGUGUUAUCGAUGUCAUAUUUCUGGGAAGACUGCAAUCCUCGGUGACAUGUAUGGUUUGUGGCCACAAAUCCAUCACGGUUGACCCCUUCUGGGACAUUUCGCUCGACAUUGUGGGAGGGUCGAAUUCCGAUCCGAAGCACGCAAUCGGGCUGGAUGAGUGCUUGAUGCGCUACACGCGUGAAGAGCACCUCGGCUCGGGGGGCUUGAUUAGGUGCAAAGACUGCGAUCGGAACCAGGAGUCGACGAAACAGCUCAAGUUUAAAGUGUUGCCGAUAAUAUUGUGCCUCCAUCUUAAACGUUUCGAGCAUUCCACAAAUUACAAGAAGAUCGAUAAUAUCGUCCGAUUUCCGGAAAGGUUAGACCUCUCACCAUUUACAUCCAUUACCGAAGACAAGAAGAAGGGUAUCGGUAUGAUGGACUAUUUACAAGGACAAACGAAAACGACAGAUAACAGUCGUUACUCCCUUUACGCUGUGGUCAAUCACAUCGGCUCAUUCGAAGGAGGUCACUAUUAUGCAUACAUUCGACACACGCGGGACACUUGGUACAAAUGUGACGACCACAUGAUAACGAAAGCUUCACGGGAAGAAGUUCUCGCCUCUCCCGGCUAUCUCCUCUUCUACCACAAGGAAGCUCUUCUGUACGAAGAAAGUCGGCACCACCGCUACCAUGGCGGUGGUGAUCAAGCAUCCACUUCCUCCUCAUAAUUAAUCUCGUCCUCUCUCAACUUGUAGGGGAACAUAAACCUUUAUUCAGAAACUAUGUAGAACAAAAAUCGCGAAUUUCCGAAUCCAAACCCAACGUAAAAAAUGGGGGAGUGACCUUUCGGCUGCAGAAUUAAGUACGAGACUGAUGAUCCGAUUAGUGAUACUGUAUUAUUAUUUUAUCUCGCAACACUGUUAAAUUAUAAUUGGAAUGUUACGUAAACUACGCUGAGGAUAUGAACUGAAAUGGUUAACUAGUUAACUUUUGAUUCGUUUUUCUCAAAUAAUUUAUUCAUAUUUAUGGAAAUGAAAAAGUUUGCAAAUAUCUAUUCGAUCUAGUGCUCGCUAUGUUUUUAAAUGGAAACGUAUACCUUUCAUCGCCACUGGAAUACAUUAUUUAUGAAAAAUCAUGUUUCUCUUUUUGAAAUAAAGUAACCAAGCGUUUCUAAAAAGUA